GUGGAGCAGUGAGCAUCUCUGGAUCGAUUUUCUGAACAUGCAGUGGGGGGGGGAACGUCCAGUUGUCCUGGAUUAUAGGGGCUGAUGGUGUGAUAGUUUGAUCUGGGACAUUUCUUGUCCGGGAAUUGUUGGGAAUAUUGGAACACCUUGGAUUACAGGAUGAAAUGAGGGUGUUAAAAGGACUUGUUUUCCGUGUAAUGUGAUGAGGGGCCAGAAGUAAGAGAGGGAGAGAGAGAAUUAGCGAGACUUGCUCCAUUUUUGCAAUGUUUCGUGUUUUGAUUGCAUGACUUUGUAUUUGUAAAGUAUGAUUUUUUUUUUGUAUUUGGUGUGUUAAGAUUAAUUUGCCAUGACUGUUACUACUCUCUCUAUAUACAUAUAUAUAUGUAUAUAUACAUACAUGAUAAACAACCACAUUUAGAUCAUCACUGCAUAUUCUUCAUAGUUCUCUCCCAAGAGCUCAAAAGUUAGACUUUUGGGUUAAAUUAUAGUGUUUUCAGCAGUGGAGAGUCAGGAAUUACAGAGACGAGGGUAGCACAGCAUUCAGGACUGUAAACAAUGAGGCUGGAGGGUCCAGUGAGUGAGACUCUGUCUGACCUGGACGUGAGCUGGAAGGGUCCCGGUGUAAGGUCAGACCCACAGCCUCUGGACUGCUGGAGUGAUCCCUGGCAGAGCUUGGACUGGGAGUCAGAGCGGGUACCGGCUGUAUUGAGUCCCACCUACAAGCAACGCAAUGAAGACUUCAGAAAGCUAUUCAAAUCACUACCGGACACUGAGCGACUCAUUGUGGACUACUCCUGUGCACUGCAGAGAGAUAUCCUCCUGCAGGGCCGUCUCUACCUCUCUGAGAACUGGAUCUGCUUCUACAGCAACAUCUUCCGAUGGGAAACCCUGCUGAUGGUUCGCCUGAAGGACAUUUGCACCAUGACCAAGGAGAAGACGGCUCGGCUCAUUCCCAAUGCCAUCCAGCUGUGCACCGACAAUGAGAAGCACUUUUUCACGUCCUUUGGGGCGAGGGACCGCACCUACAUGAUGAUGUUCCGGCUCUGGCAGAACGCUCUCCUGGAGAAGCCCCUGUGCCCCAAAGAGUUGUGGCAUUUUGUCCAUCAGUGCUAUGGCAGCGAACUGGGGCUGACCAGCGAUGACGAGGACUACGUCCCCCCCGAUGAUGACUUCAACACCAUGGGGUACUGCGAGGAGCCCCCGGCCGAGGACAGCAGCGAGCACCACCCGGACGCAUGCAACACCCCGGCCAAGACCCCCCCUGACAUAGGCCCGGGAACCCUGCUGCUCCCGCAGGAGGCCUACAUCGGGGUGGACCACGACCGGCCUGGACUAGAAGCCCUUCUGCCAGACGAGCUGCCCCUGGGCUUGGUCGAGGAGGACCCCCCCACACCGCUGCGCGAGGGAGAGGUCCCGCCCCCUCCUCUGCUGGCCGAGGAGCAGGCGGACCAGCAGGACGUAGGUCACAGCCCGGCGCCCUCGCUCGACCUCGACGAGCACGAGGAGCUGCCCACCGAGCUCAGCGACUCCUCAGAGACCCACGACGAAGGCGAAGUGCAGGCCUUCCAGGAGGAUCUGCGGGGGCGGCAGUACAUCAACGAGGUGUACAAGUUCAGCGUGGACAAGAUGUUCAGUGUCCUCUUCACCGAGUCCCCCUUCAUGAGGGGCUUCCUCGAGCAGCGCCGGUUCUCAGACGUGGUGAAUCGUCCCUGGACUACAGAGCUGGAGGCCGAUCAGACCAGAGAGCUCACGUACAACGUGUCCCUGAGCAACCCCCUGACGCCCAAGACAGCCGCUGUCUCAGAGACACAGACUCUGUACAAAGCCAGCCGGGAGAGGGAGUGCUAUAUCGUGGAUGCAGAGGUUGUGACCCACCAUGUGCCCUACCAUGACUACUUCUACACCCUCAACCGCUACGUCCUCACCAGGGUGGCCAAGCACAAAUGUCGGCUGAGGGUGUCAACAGAGAUCCGCUACAGGAAGCAGCCGUGGGGGCUGGUGAAAGGCUUCAUCGAGAGGAGCUCCUGGAGUGGCCUGGACGAAUACUUCAGACACUUAGAGCUGGCGCUGGCCAAGGCGGAGGAGGCGCUGUCGGAGCCCCUCCGGCGGUCGCUGCGGUCCAUGCCGGUGAGGACGGGCGCCGUGCGGCGCAGGAAGAGGCCCCCGCUCGCCGUGCUCCUCCUGGCCCCGGGCCUGGCCCACGAGGUCCUGAGGACCGGCGCCCAGCCCGAGGACGAGGACGAGGAGGAGGACGAGGAGGAGGAGGAGGAGGAGGAAGAGGACGGCGUGGCGGAGCAGGGCAUCCGGCGCAUUAAGCACGUGGCAGGCUCCACGCAGACCAGGCAUGUCCCGGACCGUGUGCCCGGGGGCGGGGCUGGAGGAGGAGGGGGGGGGGGCCUGGCGCUCCAUGGCGUCUCGAAGAUGCUGCUCCUCAUCAGCUAUGUGAUUUGUCUAAGCUUGGUGUUGCUGGUGUUCCUGAACAUGAUGUUGUUCUACAAGCUGUGGGGGCUGGAGUACACCGCACAGAGCCUCACCUCCUGGCGCGAUCUGCAACCACAGGAGAGCAAACCUCCCCAGACCAACCUUGAGUGGACGCAACUGUUGGAGUCCCAGCAGCGUUACCAUGACGACGAGCUCCAGAAAUGGAAGGAGAUCCUGGAGUCGUCCGUGUUGCUGCUGUACGAGAUGAAGAGCUCCCUGCUCCACCUCCAGAACGACGACGGGGGGGCCACGGAGAGCCAGAGAGCAGAGGAGCAGGGGGGGGCUCCGGGCCCCUCGGUGCCACAGGUGUGAGGCCCCCAUCGCAAAGCUCCCCUCAGAAUGGCCCAAUCGCAAUGUCUCAAAAGGCACGCACGCCCACACACACACGCACGCACGCGCGCGCGCGCACACACACACACACACGCCCACACACACACACGCGUACACACACACACACACACGCACACACACACACACACACGCACACACACACACACACACACGCACACACGCACACAAUCCACUCAGCCCUCGGCUGAUCACUCCACCCAUUGCACCGUCACCAUGAGAUGCUGCAUGCCUCUGCACCACCGGCAUCUCACGGGCUGAAAGAGGGAGCAGGAAGCUGCAGCGUUCGUCUUUGUCGCACAACUUCCUGUCUUCAAGUU